GUUAAAGAAAAGUUUUCUGAGACUGUGCAAAAAUUCUUAUACCGAGCAUUCGAUGCUCCGAAAUUUAUUCGGUUUUCCCUGUAAAUCUGUCUCAGUUACUGGCAAACAUUAAGUUAUUAGUCGACACUUUAGUUAUUUCCUUAUCAGCAAUCAAUCUGAAAAAUGACAAGAGCUAGUAUCGAACUUGGCGAUGUUACCCAUCACAAUCUGAAGCAGUUGAAAAAAAUUAACACCGUUGUACUACCGGUUUUAUACAAUGACAAGUUCUACUUGGACGUUCUUGAAUCAGGGGAGCUGGCAAAGUUAGCUUUCUACAAUGAUGUGGUAGUGGGCGCCGUAUGUUCCCGUAUCGAUACUUCCGACAACAUGAGGCGCCUGUACAUUAUGACGCUGGGCUGCUUAUCGCCCUACCGUCGGCUCGGUAUUGGUUCGGUUAUGGUCAAACAUAUUCUGAAUUAUGUGGAAAAAGAUGGGAACUUCGAUAGCAUAUUUCUCCAUGUUAAGGUAGACAACGAGGGGGCGAUUGAGUUUUACAAAGGAUUCGGUUUCGAAAUAGUCGAGACAAAGCAGCACUAUUACAAAAGGAUUGAGCCGGCCGAUGCUCAUGUGCUUCAAAAAACGCUCUCCAAAAGAGCAGGCACUCAACAGCAAAAUCAACACCACCAUCAGAAUGGAGUUGCGAAUCCUGUUGCUGGGAACAACAACAACAAUGCCGUGAACCAGAGCAGUCAAAGUAUUCAGAAUUCAACCUCCCAACUGCAGCAAGCCCCAGAAAAGAACCGAUAAAAAUCUAACGAGUUUGCCGGUUCUAGAAGGCGAAGAAAUGUCGAGAUAAAGACAGAACCGAUAGGAAUAUCUUUUAAUUGUUAGAUGUUUUAUUACAUUUCGACAUCGAGAUCAAUAGUUGAGAACCCCUACGAUUUUAUUUUGAACCUUUUUUAAUAUGAAUAUGGUUAGAACAGCAACUGAUUAAAGUUUACCAUUUAAAACUUCCUGUUUUCUUGUUUGCACAAUUUAUAUUCCGAUAAAGUAGAAAACAUAUGCUCUGUCUAUCACCAAUUUCUAUAUCUUAACAUAAGGCAGUUUGGUUUGUAAUGAUUUUCUAGGAUUUUCUCGAUGUGUAAAUCAAAAGCCGAAUGAAAAUAAAAAUUGAAGUAUGUA